AUGGAGGGGAAAGUAGCGUUAGUUACGGGAUCUACAAGUGGAAUUGGUCUAGGGAUUGCAAAGGAACUUCUUAAGAAUGGGUGUGAAGUUAUCUUGACUGGCUCAAGAAGUAAAGAAAAUGCGACAACAGCUAUCAAGGAAGCGAAGGCAAGUGGAUCCGUUGUGCAUUAUAUACAGUGUGAUUUGUCCUGUCAGGUAGAAUCCCUGUGUAAUGAAGUAGAUAAAAUAUAUCCUGGUGGUAUCGACAUACUAGUCAACAAUGCAGGUAUCAAUUUUGUGAAAUAUAUUGAUGAAUAUCCAGUAGAAAAAUGGAACGAGUUGAUAGCAAUCAAUCUAACUGCUCCUUUCUUAUUGAUAAGGCAUUGUUUGCCAAAAAUGAAGAAAAAACAUUGGGGAAGAAUAAUCAAUAUAUCGUCCGUGCAGGGCACAAUUAGUGCACCAGGAAAAGCUCCGUAUGCCACAUCAAAACAUGGAAUUAUUGGUCUUACAAAGGGCGUAGCUCUUGAGGUAGCGGCUCAGGGUAUAACAGUGAAUGCUAUCAGUCCAGCUUGGGUUGACACUCCAUUGGUGCAAGUCCAGUUUGAAAAGUAUGCACGUGAAAACAACAUUUCAGUAGAUAAAACAAAGGAGAUAUUCCUUGAAAAGACCCAGCCCACUAAGCAAAUGAUAGACACAGCUCAGCUAGGACAACUGGUUGUGUUUUUAUGUUCCUAUGGAGGAGCCAGUAUGACUGGAUCUGUUCUUACUAUGGAUGGAGGAUAUACUGCUCAGUAAUACUAAAACUGAUACAUCACCAAUGAGUGUUUCGUCCCAGUCACAGCAAAAUUAUGAAAUAAAAUACAUUUAUACAUAAGACGA